UCGACGCCGGCCUCGCCCGCGCUGCGUCUCAGCACGGCACGACGCGCGACAUGCCAGUCGCUACACAACCGGAAACUAUCGUCGAGUGUUUUUAAAGUUCCACCCAAAUGUGAAGUUAAAUAAUACGUGAAUCGCAAAGUUUGUACGAUGUUCCCGUACGUCUUACUGCUGGCCGUCCUGGCGCGAGGCUGUUCCAGUCAGGACGACACGGGGCCGUACCGAGGCAAGUACAUCGGCAAACUGAACUCCUACCAUCAUCAGGUGUCGGGCGAGGUGUACGCGGUGGACGAGUGGACGCUGCUGCUGGUGGACUUCAACUACGACGGCACCGGCGACGACACGUACUUCUGGGCCGGCGACUCGGGCCGGCCGGGCCCGCUGGGCUUCAUCGUGCCCGACCAGCGCGGCACCACCAACGUGCUGGAGCGGUACAACAACGAGGAGGUGCGGCUGCGGCUGCCCGACGGCAAGCGCGUGGCGCGCGUGGCGUGGCUGGCCGUGUACGACCUGGCGGCGCAGAGCGCGUUCGGCGACGUGUACGUGCCCGACGAGUUCGAGGCGCCCGCGGAGCGCACGCUCACGCCGCUGGUGGCGGCGCCCGGCGCGCGCCUGGCCAGCGGGCCCGUGCGCUUCGUGGACGCCGCCACGCUCGUCAUCCCGGACUUCCGGUACGACGGCGCCGGCGACGAGGUGUACUUCUGGACGGGCGUGGGGCCGCAGCCUUCGUCGCGCGGCCUUAAGGUGCCCGACGAGGACGGCUACCUGGAGCCGCUGCGCGCGUACUCCGGCGAGGACGUGCGCCUCACGCUGCCCGGCGGGCGCACGGCGUUCGAGGUGGACUGGCUGGCCGUGUACGACGUGCGCGCGCGCGCCAGCCUGGCCGCCGUGCUCGUGCCCGACGCGCUCAACGUGCCGCCGGCGCCCGUGCGCGCGCGCGCCCGCCGCGCCACGCUGCCGCGCUGCCGACAGCUGCACCGCGACUUCCAGGUGUCGUGGGAGGUGUUCGGCGGGCAGGUGACGCUGCAGCUGGCGGCGCGCCUGGGCGACGACGAGUACAUGGCGUUCGGCGUGUCGGGCUCGUCGACGAGCUCGCAGAUGCUGGGCGCGGACGUGGCGGUGGCGUGGUUCGACGCGCGGCUGCAGCGCGGGCUGGCCACCGACUACAACGUGACGGCUGUGGCGCCGUGCGUGCAGGUGUUGGGGCGCUGGCAGGGCGUGUGUCGCGACGAGCGCGUCGGCGGGCUCGACUCCAACCAGGUGUUCAGCGCCAGCCGCGAGGACGGGCUCACGGUCGUCAGCUACCGGCGCAGCCUGCAGCCCGCGGAGGACGCGGACCGCGAGUGGCCGCUGGACCGCGCCGUGUUCGUGGUCUGGGCCGUGGGCGCGCUCGACCACGCGCGCGAGCCCGCCUUCCACCGCCUGUGGCCGCGCGCCGACGUGCAGCUCGUGCUGGGCGGCGCCGCGGCGGACGACGACUGCGUGGACUUCGCGCCGGCGCCGCGCCGCGCGCCCGCCGCCUGGGAGCGCGCGCAGCUGUUCGACCCCGCGCUGCGCGUGUUCCGCGCCGCGCUGGGGCCGGCCGGCGGCGCGCGCGGGAUGGCGGCGCGCGGCCCGGCGCCGGCGCGCGCCUGGUACGUCAACGGGCAGCUGGCGCCCGACCUGCAGCUGCGGCGCGGGCUGGGCUACACGUUCCUGGUGGCGGGCGGCGCCGACCCGCACUCGGCCGCGCUGUACCACCCGCUGGUGCUCACGGCCGAGCCGCACGGCGGGCUGGAGCGGCUGGCGGACGCGGAGCAGCGCGCCGUGCGCGUGCUGGCGGGCGCGCGCGCCACGCGCCGCGGCCGGCUCAGCCCCACGGCGGCGGGCGCGCUGUGCGCCGCGGAGCUCGCGCCGGGCCACGACCCGCGCCGCGACAGCUUCGACACGUUCCGCGCCUUCAACCGCAGCCUGGUGUGGCGCUGCGCCGGCGCGCCCGCCACGCUCACCGUGACGCCCAACUCCUCGUGGCCCGACCGCGUGUACUACCACUCCUUCACGCACGCAGACAUGGGCGGCCGCAUCUUUGUGGUGGACCGCCAUCGACGCAACGUCGCCCGCAGCGCGGCGCCGCCGCCCGCAGCCGUCUCGCUCGCGCCGCUGCUGCUGCUCGCAGCCGUCUCGCUCGCGCUGCGCCGCUGACGUCACGCGACAGACCACGCCGCACACGACUAACUGUGUCAGAUUGUGACACUAAACUAGUGAGCAAGUGUUUUGUGACAAUAAACUGGAAUUCAGUGAGUGUGACGUGACUCCUUGCUCCAAGCGUGCUCAGAGUGUAUUUAUUGAAACAAUUGUGGUGAGGUAAAGAGACGGAGGGAAGACUGUACUGAGUGUUGAAGCGAGACGGAGCGAUAGACUGGGUAGAGUAGGAGUUGUAAUAGGUAAUAGGUGACGUCUCGGAAAUAAGCUGCGAGGUUGCACAUAAAGUAUGCUGCCCUGCCCUACUACGCUACCGCUGAUGCCUAAAACUCUCGAUGUUCUUUAGCGUCAUAAAGUUAUCACCGUACUGUAACAAUUUGGCUGCACCGGGAGAACGGCACGAGCUAGGAAUAGACAAUAUAUAUAUGUCACAAACGAGCUCCAACCGACAACUGGUUUUGACAGCUUCCGUGGCGCAGUGAUGUGCGCGGUGGAUUUACAAAACGGAGGUCCUGGGUUCGAUCCCCGGCUGGACCAAUUGAGAUUUUCUUAAUUGGUCCAGGUCCGUCUGGACCGUGGCUAGUUACCACCCUACCGACAAAGACGUACCGCCAAGCGUUGUAGCGAUGCCGCGUAGAAACCGAAAGGGGUGUGGAUUUUCAUCCGCCUCCUAACAAGUUAGCCCGCUUCCAUCUUAGACUGCAUCAUCACUUACCAUCAGGUGAGAAGGUAGUCAAGGGCUCACUUGUAAAGAAUAAAAAAAAGGUCAGUUCCGCUCUGCUGUGAAUCCGUGGAAUGUCUCUAUAACGAACAUGUCUCUGUAACGAACAGUCUUUGUACAUAAGUAUAUUAUAUUGUAUGUAUAAUUAGUCAAGUAUAUUUUGAGAUCUCAGAAACUGAUCAGAAAAUUGGGACCAAAUAUUGUAUUUUUGAUUCCGUUUAGCUUUUUUAAAUCUAUCUAACGUAUUUUUCUUCAUAAAAGAUUUUAACGCCAUCUCGUACAUCAUUGAUGUACUAUCUCGUAAGGUUAGGCAGCAGUGUUGCCAGUUUGCGCUAAAUUGUGUAUAAUUAUUUUAUUUCUAAAUUGUAAGGAUAAUAUGCCAAAAGCUCUGGAAUAAUAUUCAUUUUGAACUUUAAUUUUUCCCUUUAUUUUAUUUUCUUCAGGGAAUUUCGCUUUCAUUUGCGGUAAAAUAAGAAAAAGGGUAUUGGCAACGCUGCUAGCAAGUAAUACCUACAAAUUAUUGAGAUACAACUUACAGCCAAAUGUAUUGCAAUUAAAAAUAUUUAUGUCUUAAUUUGUAUAAAAACAUUACGUGUAAAUAAAAGACUUGUAUAACAAUUA